CUUAAAAUUAAAGAAAUGGCAAACAGUCAGAUACUAAAAACCCAGGAAAAGUAGAAUCAAAUUACGUGUGAUACAAAGUUCGAAGUACCUGUAUACGUUGUACCCAACUGAUUUUUGUGCGCGUUGUAAAUCAAACUGGCACAAAAAUGAGCAUUAGGCUGCUUUUGUCCGAGGUGAUAUUUGCCUUCUGCUUAGCAGCAACGUUACUCUAUAGAUAUGGAAAUGUGUACAGACAUCACAUCAUUGUCACCAUAGCUGUUCUCAUUGCUUGGUACUUUUCUCUGUUAAUUAUAUUUGUACUGCCGCUGGACGUUUCGUCGACAGUUUACAGACAAUGUCGUGAGCAAAAUAAUCUAAACUUGACUGCAACCACCGUCAGUGAAAAUGUGACGAUUGCACCUCUGACGUGUCGAGAGCCAUGGUCUAGUGUGCCCGACAAUGUUUAUCCAAACUUGUGGAGGGUUGUGUACUGGACUUCUCAAUGUUUGACAUGGCUGAUUCUUCCGUUGAUGCAAUCCUACAUCAAGGCAGGAGAUUUCACUGUGAGCGGAAAGUUAAAGUCUGCAUUGAUCGACAACGCUAUUUAUUAUGGCAGCUAUCUGUUCAUCUGCGGUAUACUGUUAAUAUACAUUGCGUUGAAACCUGGCUUGGAUCUUGACGGUCAAAAAUUGAAAGCUAUAGCAUCAUCUGCCUCAAACACUUGGGGACUAUUUCUCCUUGUACUAUUAUUGGGUUACGCUCUUGUCGAAGUACCUCGUGGAUUAUGGAAUGCUAGCAAACCUGGAUACACUUUACAUUAUAGCUACUUUAAAGCAGCUAAGCUAAGCCUGGAUAAAUGUGAAGCUGAAGAAACAGUGGAUGAUGUUCUUGAGGCCUUACAAGCAGCGUCAGUAGCUAUUGGAGUUGGUCAUCCAUUCCAUCGUAAUUUGGAAACUAUAUUUCAAAAAGUGCCUGCUGAAUUAAAAGAUAGAAUGAAUAGGAGGCAAUUACCAGAUGACACUCCUACGGAUUCACCUUCAGAAAAAGCUCUCAUCCGUCUCCAUAAACAUACUAUAAAAUCUCUGCAAACUCUGCAACGAACGGAAACACAAUGGGGAAUUUUAAUAGAAAAGAUAUUUCAUCUGGAAGAUAUUGCAAAGAAUCAAGCUAGCCAUGACAGAAGAUUCAAGCCGACAUUUCCCAUUGUCCGCCCAUUACCGCUGCGACUGCUUUACAACCCUACUAUUGAAUGGUAUUGGAAAUGCGUAAUCAAAAGUUAUGCUCAGAAGCUAGCCGCCUUUGCUGCUGGAGCUCUCUCUGUCGCUGUUGUCUGGUCAGAAGUAACAUUUUUUAACAAAUCUCCAGUUCUAUCUUUAUUUGCGCAAUUUGUGAAUUUGGCAAAAGUUAAAUAUGAUUACUUCACAAUUGAGAUUCUGUCGACAUUAAUUAUAGCUUACCUCUGCUAUUGUGCUUAUUCGACUGUAUUAAAGAUUCGUGUAUUAAAUCUGUACUAUCUGGCUCCACAUCAUCAAACAAAUGAGUACAGUUUAAUAUUCAGUGGGAUGAUGCUCUGUCGGCUUACGCCUCCAAUGUGUCUCAAUUUCUUGGGUCUAAUUCACAUGGACUCACAUAUCAUUAAAACGCAUAUUUUGGAAACACACUACACGCAGGUAAUGGGUCACAUGGAUGUUAUAUCAAUUAUCUCAGAUGGUUUCAAUGUGUACUUUCCAAUGGCAAUAUUAGCCUUCUGUUUGGCAACAUACUUUAGUCUUGGAAGUAGAUUACUCUCGAUGCUUGGGUUUCAACAAUUCCUUGGCGAUGAUGAGUUAACGACUGAUCUCGUUGAAGAAGGUCGUGAGCUGAUCAAACGUGAGCGACGUAAGCGCCAGCGUACCGAGGACUCCAUGAGUCGUAGACGUGAGUUUCAAGAAAGGUUCAAUAAUUUAGGAACUGCAUCUCGUUAUAGAACAGCUAGACAAAGUACUGAUACUGUGAGACCUUUGCGACGAGAUGAGUCUACAGAGUCUGCAAGAACUGGGCUUUUGCGCGAUGUCGAAUCUACAGACUACUAUGUUGGUGAAAGUGAUCGCUACACACCAAGUAACCAUUAUGAUCAUGGAUAUCAGGCGGAGAUUUAUCACGAUUUGAGUUCUGAUAAUUUAACCACUUAUACUACGAAUAGCAGUCGUGUUGGACCUCCACCUAGAGGUUUAUUUGAUGACAUUUAAGGGUGUUGGACGUGUGCGUUUCAUAUUCAGUUUCUUGAAUUCACCGUUUCGGAUUUGGCCUCACCUUGACAAAUUAGGAAAAUUAUUUUGACUGGUAAGACUUCAGAAAAUAAAAAAUUGUUUGCUAACUUAUGCCAGUGAAUAAUAUUGGAAUCGUAAAUGUGCAUAAAGUUACAUGUACAUAAUGAGACUCACGUUUUUCUAUAUAUUAUACCACUUGUACUUGCGAAUCACGGAAUAGGAAUGUUCUAUAUACUAAGCGUUACUAUCUUCAACAUAAUUAUUGAAUACAUCUAUUUUAUUUUUCCAUGUUUCACUAAAUUUUCUUUAACCGUUACAACAAUUGAAGAAGAAAAGAAAUAUAGAUAUAUAUGUGUAUAUUACAUUAUCACCAACCUUUGUAGUCUUGAUUUUUCGUUUCAAGUAUUCCUAGUUUCAUUAUUUGAAAUUAUUUUUUUUAUCUUCAUUAAAGUUGUAGAAUUUAUUCCACUUCAUCCAUUGCAUUCCUAUGUUAAUUUAAUUAUAGUGUUAUUCUAAACAAGAAAAGGAUCUAUAAUGAAGGUACAAUCUUUCUUCAACUACCUUCAGAUUCUGUGAAUAGAUGGAAAUAUGACUUGGAUAGGUAGAUCAAGGUAUACGAACAUUAAAUAAUUUUGAAUUAACGAAAGAUUAAUUUAGUUACGAAAAAACUUUCUUAUUGAAAAAUUUAGCAACCCGAAAUAAAUUAAAACGUUUGUGUUUCUACAAAAGUAUAUACAUGGAUUUUCCUUGGUUGUACAUACAUACCUAUUAAAUUGCGAACAAGCAGUUAAACUUAGUAUAUAAUCCUUUCCAAAAAUCUGGAAUUUGGAAGUAGUAACUUUAUACAUAGUCAAUAUAUAUGAACAAACUUUAUACUAUAUUAUGACUUUAUACCUAGGUAUGUAUAAGCAUGCUUUAAUAAUUCUGUAUUACAAGUUCAAACUGCUCAAGAUUUUUAGGGCGCAUACCUUGCAACUUCAAUAUACAGCGCGUAACAAACUUAUCCAUUAGAGCAAAAUUAUUGAGCAAAUUAUUAAAUCAUUUUACUUGAAAUUUUCUCUCCUAGUAUUUUAGAUGUAUAGGAAUAUGUAGUCAAUAUUAAGAAUACCUUCGUCAAUUCUUAAAGCCCUAGAACAGUGAUUACACAGUUAUAGAGCUAAAACCCGGAAUUUCGUAUUUGGGACAUUUCAAUAUUGAACUUGCUCGAUCAUUGUUUCAACAUGUAACUUAGUCCAAAGGUUAUCGCCAUGUAAUGUACGUACAUAUUGUUAGAUACAAGUCAUGGAUCCUUUGUUUUCUGCUGCCCAAUAACAUACCUACCUAAGAUACACGUUAGUUCCGCGUUUUUUUAGUACUUUAAUUCAUAACUAAGUAUGGCAAAUCAUGUUUCUCUGGUAACUAGACUUAAUUCAUUUGCCAGUUUCUAAGUUUUUAGUAAAAGUUAAUUUAAAUCGCCGAAGUUCAAAUUAAUUUAAAAAUGAAAUACUGUUAUAGUCUAUUAUUCAGAAAAUAGUUAAUAUAAAGCUUUAUUAUGUGUUAAAUAUUUUAUCAUGACGAUAACAAAUUUUUUCGGUCAUGAAUUCACCGAAAAAUAACUGGAGAAAUCGCUAAACUUAGUAAUAUAGAGUAUCCGCUUUUUGGAGGGCUAUAUGUACAAUAUUUGCUAUUUCUACUAGUCGCGCCUUUUUUUCUGUAUUCUAGCGUAGAAGGCAUGAUCAUUUCAACUGGGAUUCAGUGUUUAAGGAUAAAAUGUAUGAGGUUGUAUAUAGUAUAUAUUUCCACUAUGUACCACAGAUAAAUAGUAAUAAUAAUUAUAAUGAUAGUAAUACAAAUAAUAAGCAUACCUAAAAAUUAAAA